AUGAAGUACAUUACGACUAGGGCCUUGGUGGUCUUGCUGUGUGUAGCAGCGGAGGUGACGAAGGCGAAGAAGGUGGAGCUCCCCAAAGUCAUCAUUGGAAACCCAAACAACGUGGAGGCUGACACCGUGGGAGCGCCCAUCUCAGAGGAGGAGAUCACUAACACGAAAAAUAUGAAACUCAGGCAGAAGACGAAGUUGAAGGAUCCCAUCGCUGCGUCAGGCUACUUCGAGGGAGAUAUUAUGGUCUCUUCUGAGGAAGAACUCUCUCAGAUUAUUCAGGGUGACCCACAGCGUCAGCUCAGCGCCAUCAGCAACUCCCAGAAGGUGUGGCCCAACGCUGUUAUUCCCUACGUUAUCUCCAACGAAUUUACUUCCUCAGAACGUUCCACGAUAGGCAUGGCUAUUGGUGAAUACCACAGUAGAACUUGUCUUCGCUUCGUGCCAAGGACUACCCACGUAGACUAUGUGCACAUCCUCAAGGGUCAGGGGUGUUCCAGUGCGGUGGGGAGGUCAGGUGGCGUCCAGGUGGUAUCACUCGGGCAAGGGUGUGUGCAGUUUGGUGUGAUCCUUCACGAGCUGAUGCAUGCUGCUGGUUUCUGGCACGAACAAUCCAGGAGCGACAGAGACCAGUACGUCGUCAUCAACUGGAACAACAUUAUCACUGGUUUAGAAUACAACUUCGAAAAGAAGUCAAAUACUGUCUCCCAGGACCUGGGUCUUGCCUACGAUUACGGUUCUGUCAUGCACUACGGCGCCUUCGAUUUUGCCAAGAGUUACUCAUCCCCAACCAUCGUGCCCAGGCAGGACGGAGUCAAUAUAGGUCAGCGUUCUGGCUUCUCUCAGGUGGAUGUGAAGGGCCUCAACUUACUUUACAAGUGUGAGUCUCCUCAACCCUCAACCCCGAAACCUCCAUCUCCUGUAACCCCCACCCCAGAGCACUGCCAGGACCACAGCCAGUAUUGUCUACUCUGGGCCCGUGGCGGCUACUGUACCACAAACUCCUACGUGAACCUCAACUGCAGGAAGACCUGCAAUUUAUGCGACGUGAAGGUUUGCGCUGAUCUGAAUGUUAACUGUGCAUUCUGGGCGAGCAAUGGAGAGUGUGCGCUCUCUCAGGCCUACAUGCACGACAACUGCGCCAAGGCCUGCGGUUUUUGCUAG